UUUGUUUUUUAUUUUUAUUUUUUAAUUUUUGCUUGGCUCCAUAUUCCUCCACGUAACGUCCCAACUACCACCUAAAACCCCGGUCACCUCACCUGCGCUGCCCGUUUAAACAAACUGGUGCUCACAUAUUCGUCACGCUCUCAGCUCUCAGAGAGUCAACAAUCAUAUAAAGACACAAACAAACAAAAAAAAAAAGAAGAAAGAGUGAAAAGGUUCGGCUGCCAUGGACGCAGCUGCGCAGCUCGUCUACUGCGGAAUAGAUCCUCUACACCGCACCUCGACAUCCUAUGGAAAGAGCAGGAGUCGCAGGUUUUUCCCCAGAAUCAAGCGGAACUCCGUUGUGAGAGCCAUUGCAACCGAGCCUAGACCAUCAUCGGAUACCAAGCAGACAAAAGUCAUUGACGAAUCCCCCAAAACCGCGUCGUACAAGCCGGUGAAUGGUGCAUCCUCUAGAAUGCAAGAUGUUUCAAAAGAGAUCAAAAGGGUGAGGGCACAAAUGGAAGAGAAUGAGCAGUUGGCUAUCCUUAUGCAAGGGCUUCGGGGUCAAAAUUUGAAUGACACACUAUUUGCGGAUGAUAGUAUCAAGCUUCGUUUAGUUGAGGUAGAUGAGAGCAGUGAGUUCUUACCACUGGUGUAUGAUCCUGAUAGCAUUGCUGCUUACUGGGGAAAACGACCACGUGCUGUUGCUACACGUAUUGUUCAGUUAUUGUCCGUUGCUGGAGGGUUUCUCUCUCGCCUUAUCUGGGAUCUAGUAAAUAAUAAGAUAAAAGAGAACGAAGUCGCUCGAGCUAUUGAGUUGAGGGAGAUAGUUACAUCUCUCGGUCCAGCAUACAUAAAACUUGGGCAAGCAUUGAGCAUACGACCUGAUAUACUGUCUCCCAGUGCAAUGACUGAACUGCAGAAGCUUUGUGACAAGGUGCCAUCUUUUCCAGAUGAUGUGGCUAUGGCUCUAAUAGAAGAAGAGCUCGGACAGCCGUGGUAUAAUGUCUAUUCUGAACUUUCUCCUUCUCCGAUUGCCGCUGCAUCACUCGGCCAGGUCUAUAAAGGCCGGUUGAAAGAAAAUGGGGAUUUGGUAGCUGUGAAGGUACAGAGACCAUUUGUUCUCGAGACUGUGACGAUUGAUUUGUUUAUCAUAAGAAAUUUGGGUCUUGUUCUUCGCAAAUUUCCCCAGAUAUCUAUUGAUGUUGUUGGAUUGGUUGACGAAUGGGCUGCACGUUUCUUCGAGGAGCUUGAUUAUGUUAAUGAAGGGGAAAAUGGAACAUUAUUUGCUGAAAUGAUGAAGAAGGACCUACCUCAGGUAGUUGUGCCGAAGACAUACAAUAAAUACACUGCAAGAAAGGUUCUUACGACUCAAUGGAUAGAUGGAGAGAAACUGUCACAAAGUACUGAAAGUGAUGUUGGAGAACUUGUGAAUGUUGGAGUCAUAUGCUACCUGAAGCAGCUACUUGACACGGGGUUCUUCCAUGCCGAUCCACAUCCAGGAAAUUUAAUUCGGACGCCUGAGGGGAAGCUGGCUAUACUAGAUUUUGGUUUGGUUACCAAAUUGACAGAUGAUCAGAAAUAUGGCAUGAUUGAAGCCAUUGCACACCUUAUUCAUCGAGAUUAUGGUGCUAUCGUAAAAGACUUCGUUAAGCUUGGUUUUAUUCCUGAAGGAGUUAAUUUAGAACCCAUUUUGCCUGUGUUGGCCAAGGUUUUCGAUCAAGCACUUGAGGGUGGGGGAGCGAAGAAUAUCAACUUUCAGGAGUUGGCAUCAGAUUUAGCACAAAUAACAUUCGACUAUCCUUUUAGAAUACCGCCUUAUUUCGCACUUAUAAUUAGAGCAAUUGGGGUGCUGGAGGGAAUAGCUUUGGUCGGGAAUCCUGAAUUUGCUAUUGUGGAUGAAGCCUAUCCAUAUAUUGCGCAGAACUCCAUUAUCCAUGAAUGUGUUGAGCAAGUUAGUCUCCUUGUUCCACCUGAACUAGUGUUAUCCCAGCCUAUGGGGCAAAGUUCUUUGCCUCUGGUUUUAAGUAAUUCUUCCAUCUGGCGCUAUGAAGGGGUUAAUCUCUUUUUCCUUGUUCUAUGUGGAUUGCAGAGGCUACUAACUGAUGAAUCUCCGCGUCUAAGGUCUGCCUUACGUUACACGAUAUAUGGGAAAUCUGGAGUCUUUGAUGCUGAAAGAUUUAUUGAUGUCAUGCAAGCAUUUGAGAAUUUCAUUGAUGCAGCAAAGAGUGGAGGUGGGGAAAAUCUUAAUGGAAGAAUGGCUGAGCUUGGCAUUUUACAAAAUCGGACAAAUAAUUUGCUUCCGGGUUUUACACCGAGUGCUUCUCAAGCACAACCUAUCCAAACAAGGGCGGCCUUGGGAUUUUUACUAUCUGACAAGGGAAACUUUUUCACGGAAUUUCUGUUAGACGAGAUUGUGAAAGGCAUAGAUGCCAUCACCAGGGAACAGCUAGUGCAAGUAAUGGCUCUUCUUGGGAUAGGAAAUGUAACCCCGGUUUUUAGUUUGGUUCCAACUCUGGGACCUAUCAGGACUUCUGCACUUCUUCCUACAAUAACUGAGGAAGACAAAGUCAUACUGAACAAUGUCCAGAAAAUCAUUGAAUUCUUAACUGACGGAACUGUAGCUUCGUCAAAUCAGGGUGUGAAUGUUCCUCGAGUGAUCCAAGAGUUGCUCCCUGUGUUGCCGGGACUUUCAGCCAAAGUGCUUCCUGAGGUCAUCAGUCGUUUAUCCUCACGUGUGCUUGCACGUGUAAUCAGAGAUACACUUCUGUAAACUAGAAACCAUUUUCGCUUGUGUUUAAAACUGGUCCUAAACAUACAUCCACACAUUCAAUUAGAGACUGGUAUAUCAUAGAAAUUUCUGAACACGUUUAACGAUCUAGUAGAACUAUAUAAUAGUCAACUUGAUGUCGUAGCAAGUGUAAAAAAUACUGACCACAAUUUAUUAUAAAAGCUGACAUGUAUUUCUUAUCUUACACUUGAAAAGUGCCAAUCUAUAUAUAGCCUGUUGUUUGGCCGGGUGUAGUAUGGGUGUGCUAGUUUCUCCAUUAUUAUACUUGUUAUACGGAAAAAAAUUACCUAUACUGAAGACUGCGAAAAUACAAAGUGGCCCUAUUUGAGACUGAAACUAAACACUGUGAAACAACCGAAGAAACCGUGCUAUUGAAGUUGUGUUGAUGCAUACCCACGCUUGGACGUUACAACAACAACAACAACAUAGCC